AUGGCUGGCCAAAACCGCCCAGACACGCCUUCGCGGCCGCCAGACUACUCGCUCCCGUCGUAUGACGAAGUGGAGGACACGACACCGACUGGCACGUCGGGCCACGGCGCAGCGGUUCGGUUGUUGACAUCGAUGGAGGAGCCUUUGGAUGCUCGGCCGUAUGUCAUACCAGCGUGUUUCAUUCCUCCCCCUCCAGUAAUCAGGCAGUUGAAGACGCCGCCGGAGCUCGAGCUCGCAGGGCCAGAAGUUUUUGGCCCGUCAGAGCGGCAAGGAGCAGAGACAGACAAGGCUAGAGAGACGGCGACGAAUGAGAAGACAACCAUCGUCCCGAAUACGCGGCGCAAGCCAGUCCCGGGCCACAGCGCAAUGGAGACAGCGGAUCAUGGGCUAGUCAAGCGCAGGCCGACGGUCAAGAUGCAGAGAAAAAAGACCAAUGCUGGUCAAGCUCAAGCCGUGCCGCCUGUCGUUGCGCAUAACCUGCCAGUGAUCCCAGAGGGCCCGUCGCAGAGACGGGAGUCUCUGAGGAGGCAGAGGAGCGACGCUGCUACUGCGGCGGCAGGAGUAGCAGAUGCAGUGCGCAUUCCGCCCUCGGUUGCCAUGAGCUCACAGAACAACGUGCACAGGAGCCGACUACGACGGCACUAUGAACCCUCGAUAGACUCGCGCCACUCGUCCAUCCUCGAUCCGCCUCACAUGCCCCCUCCCGAACCAUCCUACACCAACUACAGCCCGUCGAUGGACGGCUCAUCAUCGCCGACGCGGUCGUGGUCGCCAUCGCACAUGUCAUCCGCGUCCGAGUUUGGGCGCCCGCCGCCCGCCAGCACGCGGUACGAGCCCGCAGACCUCAACGGCAGCCCGCGGCCAGGCACGCCAUCGUCGACGUACAGCAGGAGUCCGAGGCGGCCGCUGCCACCAGCACCGCUGUUCUCGGGCUCGGCGCGCAACUCUACCCACUCGUUUGCCGACGACGUGACAGUGAGCAUCCCGCUUGCCGACGGUGACGAGGAUGACGACGACGACGACGACGACGGCGGCGGCGGCGGCGGCGGGCGCAUUGGCCACCACCACGGCCACCAGAGCAGCCACAGCGGCCAUGGCGACGACGUGUUUGGGCCGGAAACGGAUGUCGGCGACUUCGCCAGGCACUCGUACGGGAUGCAGUCGCAGGUCACCCUGAGUGAGGAUGCGACCUUCGACGCGGCGGCAGCGGCGCACGACAAGUUCGAGCACUACGGGCCGGCGCCUGAGGGCCAGCAGAAGCGGCGCGGAGUGCGGGAGCCGCAGAUGAGCAAGAAGGAGGUGCAGCUGAUCAACGGCGAGCUGGUGCUCGAGUGCAAGAUCCCGACGAUCCUGUACAGCUUCCUGCCGCGGCGCGACGAGGCCGAGUUCACGCACAUGCGGUACACGGCGGUGACGUGCGACCCCGACGACUUUGUCGAGCGCGGGUACAAGCUGCGGCAGAACAUUGGGCGCACGGCGCGCGAGACGGAGCUGUUCAUCUGCAUCACCAUGUACAACGAGGACGAGUACGGCUUCACGCGCACCAUGCACGCCGUCAUGAAGAACAUCAGCCACUUCUGCAGCCGCAACAAGAGCCGCACGUGGGGCGAGCUGGGCUGGCAGAAGAUCGUCGUGUGCGUCGUGUCGGACGGGCGGCAGAACAUCCACCCGCGCACGCUCGACGCGCUGGCGGCCAUGGGCGUGUACCAGCACGGCAUCGCCAAGAACUACGUCAACCAGCGCGCCGUCCAGGCCCACGUCUACGAGUACACCACCCAGGUCUCGCUCGACUCGGACCUCAAGUUCAAGGGCGCCGAGAAGGGCAUCGUGCCGUGCCAGAUGAUCUUCUGCCUCAAGGAAAAGAACGCCAAGAAGCUCAACUCGCACCGCUGGUUCUUCAACGCCUUCGGCAAGGCCCUCAACCCCAACGUGUGCAUCCUGCUCGAUGUCGGCACCCGCCCCGGCGGCAACUCGCUCUACUACCUGUGGAAGGCCUUCGACCUCGACUCCAACGUCGCCGGCGCCUGCGGCGAGAUUAAGGCUAUGAAAGGAAAAUGGGGCGUCAACCUGCUCAACCCCCUCGUCGCCUCCCAGAACUUUGAGUACAAGCUGUCCAACAUCCUCGACAAGCCGCUCGAGAGCGUCUUCGGCUACAUCACGGUCCUGCCGGGAGCCCUCAGCGCCUACCGCUACCACGCCCUGCAGAACGACGAGACGGGCCACGGGCCCCUGAGCCAGUACUUCAAGGGCGAGACCUUGCACGGCCAGCACGCCGACGUCUUCACUGCCAACAUGUACCUGGCCGAGGACCGCAUCCUGUGCUGGGAGCUGGUGGCCAAGCGCGGCGAGCGGUGGGUCUUGAAAUACGUCAAGGGCUGCACGGGCGAGACGGAUGUGCCUGACACGGUCCCCGAGUUCAUCUCGCAACGCCGCCGCUGGCUCAACGGCGCCUUCUUCGCCGCCGUCUACUCGCUGGUGCACUUUCGCCAGGUCUGGAAGACGGACCACACGCUGGUGCGCAAGGUCCUGCUGCACGUCGAGUUCCUGUACCAGUUCCUGCAGCUGCUCUUCACCUACUUCUCGCUGGCCAACUUCUACCUGACCUUUUACUUCAUCGCCGGCGGCCUCGCCGAUCCCCUGAACGACCCCUUCCACGGUGGCGGCAAGUACAUCUUCACGCUGCUGCGCUACAUCUGCGUGCUCCUCAUCGCCACCCAGUUUAUCCUGUCGCUCGGCAACCGGCCCCAGGGCGCCAAGAAGAUGUACCUCGUUUCCAUGAUCCUCUACGGCAUCAUCAUGGCCUACACCAUCUUCGCCUCGCUGUACAUCACCGUCAAGCAGUUGACACCCAAGGACACCACCGACCACGACGACCUCAAGAAGGGGCUGGCUCUCGUCGGCCGCGCCGACCCUAGCGCUGCUGGGGCGGGCGGCGCCGCCACGACGACGUCGACCACGGCGACGGCCGUCGCCGGCACCACGGGAACCGACACGUCGAACCAGCUCACGCUGGGCAACAACGUCUUCACCAACAUCGUCGUGUCGCUGGCGUCGACGGUGGGGCUGUACUUCCUCAUGUCGUUCCUGUACCUGGAGCCGUGGCACAUGUUCACGUCGUCGCUGCAGUACUUCAUCCUGCUGCCGUCGUACAUCUGCACGCUGCAAGUGUACGCCUUCUGCAACACGCACGACGUGACGUGGGGCACCAAGGGGGACAACGUCAUGAAGACGGACCUGGGCGGCGCCGUCGGGAAAGGCGGCACCGGCUCCACCGUCGAGCUCGAGAUGCCGUCGGAGCAGCUCGAUAUCGACUCGGGCUACGACGAGGCGCUGCGCAACCUGCGCGACCGCAUCGAAGUGCCCGCGCCCGCCGUGUCCGACGAGCAGCUGCAGCAGGACUACUACAAGAGCGUGCGCACCUACAUGGUAGUGUCGUGGAUGAUCGCCAACGCCACGCUUGCCAUGGCCGUUAGCGAGGCCUACGGCAACAGCUCCAUUGGCGACAACUUCUACCUGCGCUUCAUCCUGUGGGCCGUCGCCAGCCUUGCGCUGUUCCGCGCCAUCGGGAGCACCACGUUUGGUGUCAUCAAUGUCGUCAACAUGGCCGUCGAGGGCCGCAUGAAGAUGAGCAUCAAGGUGCCACAGUGGCUCGGCGGCUGGGGCAGCAAGAUCAGCGACAAGGUGAGCAGCAUUGGGAGCAGCGUGCGCAGCUAG